AUGGAUAUGGAUCUCAAGCCUACAUUGCGAUUGAAGGUGGAAUCUAUUGCACCAGAAUAUGGUUUAUUCAAUCUCUCCUUUACAUCAUUUGUGCGAGCUUAUGGAUACCAUUCCAUUCUUUCAGCUAGCGAUUGCGUUGAAUCAAUCAGUGCAGUUCUCAAAGUGGCAACUGAAGUGAAGCUUGAUUUCCACACACUUCAUAGUGAAAUGGAAUGA